AUGGAUACCGUCAAGUCAAUCAAAGGAUAUGGCAAAGUCGACGAAGCGCAAGACUUAGCUUUGAAGAGAAAGACAAAGAAACGGUUGAUUUUAGUGGCCGUAGCCGUCGUGGCUCUGGUUGUUAUUAUCAUCGGCUUCGUCGUCGGCGUCGUUGUUCAUAACCGGAAAAACAAUUCGACCGAUUCGACACCGAGUUCGAUUCCCGAGUUGACUCCAGCCGCUUCACUCAGAACCGUUUGCAGCGUGACUCAUUACCCUGCUUCAUGUAUCUCAAGCAUCUCGAAGAUUCCAUCGUCCAACACGACGGAUCCGGAGAUUCUAUUCCGCCUCUCGUUAAAAGUGGUGGUCGACGAGCUCGAUUCGAUUUCCGAUUUACCGAGGAAGCUCGCCGAUUCGACUGACGACGAGAGAAUCAAAUCGGCGCUCGGUGUUUGCGGAGAUCUGAUCGAAGACUCGAUAGAUCGGCUCAACGAUACGGUUUCCGCCAUGGAAGUAGGUGACGGGAAGAAGAUCCUUAACUCAACGAAGAUCGACGAUCUCAAAACUUGGCUCUCCGCCGCGUUAACCGACCACGACACGUGUUUCGAUGCCCUCGACGAACUCACACAGAACAGAACGGAGUACGCCGAUUCACCGAUUUUGCAGAAUCUGAAAUCCGCCAUGAGAAACUCCACCGAGUUCACUAGCAACAGCUUAGCAAUCGUCGCGAAGGUUCUCUCUGCUUUAAGCGAUUUCGGGAUCCCGAUUCAUAGGAGACGGUUACUCAAUUCAUUUCCGAAUUGGGUUAAUCCAACGGUGAGACGGUUACUUCAGGCGAAGAAUUUGACUCCGAAUGUGACGGUUGCGGCGGAUGGAUCCGGCGAUGUGAGGACGGUGAACGAAGCGGUGGCGAGAGUUCCGAAGAAGGGGAAAACGAGGUUUGUGAUAUAUGUGAAAUCGGGUACUUAUGUAGAGAAUGUGGUUAUGGAUAAAAACAAAUGGAAUGUUAUGAUUUACGGCGAUGGGAAGACGAAGACCAUUAUUUCCGGUAGCAAAAACUUCGUCGACGGGACUCCUACCUUUCGAACGGCGACGUUUGCGAUCCAAGGCCAAGAAUUCAUAAUGAAAGACAUCGGAAUCAUAAACACCGCCGGAGCAGCGAAGCACCAAGCGGUGGCGUUCCGAUCAGGAUCCGAUCUCUCCGUCUACUACCAAUGCUCAUUCGACGGUUACCAAGACACACUCUACCCUCACUCCAACCGUCAGUUCUACCGCGACUGCGAUGUCACCGGAACCAUCGAUUUCAUCUUCGGAAACGCCGCCGUCGUCUUCCAAGGCUGCAAUAUCCGGCCGCGUCAGCCACUUACGAACCAGUUCAACACAAUCACCGCACAAGGCAAAAAGGAUUCGAAUCAGAACACCGGAAUCUCGAUCCAGCGAUGCACGAUCUCAGCCAACGGAAACGUAACCGCUCCGACGUAUCUCGGCCGUCCUUGGAAGGAGUUUUCGACGACGGUGAUUAUGCAAUCGACGAUUGGGCGGAUCGUGAGAGCCGCCGGGUGGAUGUCGUGGGUUACCGGUACUGACCCGCCUUCGAGUAUACUAUAUGGAGAGUAUAAGAAUUCGGGUCCUGGGUCGGAUUUGACCCAGAGAAUUAAAUGGGCCGGGUAUAAGCCCGUUUUGUCUGAUGCUGAGGCUGGGAGGUUUACGGUUGCUACGUUUAUACGAGGAAGCGAUUGGUUACCGGCUACGGGAGUGUCGUAUCAGCUAACUUAA